AUGGUUGCACCACCUCGCGCUGGAUCAUCCUGGUCGGAUGGCGCAGCACAAACGGGCUCACAGGAUAUGGAUGAGAAGGACAACUCGCCUACCCUGACACAUAUUCCUACAGUCUCGGAUACGGCAGUAGAUCAGCACCACGAAAUUGACAACGAGAAGGAGAAAUUCCCAAACCUCCGCCUGCAAUUACCCAGAGAAAGCAUGGACAGAGCAUCCAGCGAGGCUCGGUCUCCCAGUGGAUAUUUAUCGCCAAUGGAAGAGAACAGGGAUCGCGAGCAGGCUACACGUCUGGUAGAUGAUUUGACCAUGCUUCAAAUUCAGCAGAUGGUUAGCAACCAGGAAGAACAACACCUCGCUCGAUCCGUCUCCAAGGUUCGCUCAAACCAAGAGAUUGUCCAGGAAGAUGUCUUUAAUGCGCCAGCUCCUGGAGUCACCCUUGGUGGGCCUCCCUCGGAAACGCCUCCGAGCAAACUAAACGCAAUCUUCAAGUACUUGAAGAAGCUUCCCAGAGUAGUGAGAUACUUUAUGUACUUGCUCCCCAUCACUGCAAUUCUCCUCAUCCCCAUCUUCAUGGGCAUCUUCCUCGACCCACGACACCAAACGCCGGUAGGAGGCAAGGGCGGAACACAGCUUCUCUGGUUCGGCAUCUGGUUGGAGAUUGUCUGGUUGUCUCUGUGGGCGGCCCGUAUCAUGACUGCCAUCUUCCCCUUCGUUGCCAGGUUCGCCGCUAAGGUCGUCGGAUCUGGAAAUCCUAAGAAGUGGAUGGCCAUGGGCAAGUCGCUCGAGCUCCCAACAGCGCUCUUCCUUUGGAUGCUUGCCGUGCUCAUCUCAUUCCUGCCCGUGGUUGACGAUGAAGCACACAAGGUCUCUGCUGGUGGCGAUGACCCCUAUCCUAGUGUCGGCUGGAUCAGUACCGUUCACAAGGUCAUUAUCGCCCUGUUCAUCUUUGCCGUCCUCAACUGGGCCGAGAAGAUUAUUAUUCAAUGGAUUGCCAACUCUUUCCACUUGCGGACGUAUGCUACAAGAAUUGAGACAAACAAACAGAGCAUCGCGUACCUCGUACACCUAUAUGUGCACAGCAAGGACAUAUUGGUGUCUGAAGAUUCCGUCAAGAACUCACCAGGCCUCACAGGAUCGGGUACACGCACACCGAUGAAGUUUUUCCAAAACAAUGCUCGCCAGGCUUUCAACAAAGUCGGUGAUGUUGCCAAUCGCGUUGCUGGCGACUUUACUGGGCGGGAAAUUCUACUCAGCAACCAUCCUCGCAAGGUUGUAUCCGAGCUGCUCAGGUCUUCUAGUUCUGCUCAGGUGCUGGCGCGUAGACUGUUUCGCACCUAUGCGAAGUCGGACUCUGACGUGCUGCGCCCCGAUGAUCUGAAUCCUGCCUUCCCUACCCCUGAAGAUGCAGAGAAUGCUUUCGGUAUCUUCGAUCGCGACUUGAAUGGUGAUGUUUCCAUGGAUGAGCUGGAAGCUUUCUGCGACGAAGUCCACCGCGAAAAGAAGGCCAUUGCUGCGUCAGUCAAGGAUCUCGACUCAGUAAUUCGCAAACUUGACCAGGUUUUGGUUGUCGUUGUCGUUGUCAUCACCAUUGUUGUUUUCAUUUCGAUAAUUUCGGCCUCUGCUGCCACGGCACUUACCUCUGCUGGAACAGUCAUCCUCGGUCUCUCUUGGCUCCUCCAAGCCACUGCCCAAGAGUUCUUGCAGUCCAUCAUCUUCGUCUUCGUCAAGCAUCCCUUUGAUAUUGGCGACCGUGUCACCAUCUAUGGUAACACUGGAGCCGCAGGAACCGGAGACGACUACUACGUGACGGCGAUUUCUCUACUCUACACCGAAUUCAAGAAGAUGGAAGGUCACAUUGUCCAGGCUCCCAACUCGAUUCUCAACACUCUGUUCAUCCUCAAUCACCGACGAUCUGGACAACUGGCCGACGUAUUCGAGUUGAGAAUGAAGCACGGUACUCCUAGGGAACAUAUCGAGGAACUUCAAGCAAGAAUGUCAGAGUACGUUCUGGAACACAGGCGUGACUUCACCAGCAAGAUCAUUACGGAAAUGAAGGGAGUGGAAGAUGCCUACUGUAUUACGGUCAACUUCAUCUGCUUCCACAAGUCCAGUUUCCAGAAUGAGCUGCUUCGUCUGGUUCGCCACAACAAAUUCGCACUGGAGCUGAUGACGCAGAUGGUCAACAUUGGUAUCGAGCAGCCGAGACGACAGUACCAGAUUUCCGGCCGGGACUUCCCUGUUUACCAAUCCAAUAUUCAGCCACCGGCCUAUGAGGCCAGCAAUCAGCCGGUUGACUACUCGAAGCUUUCGGCAUCACGACGCGCCCGCUCCGGUUCCCGAGUUUCGUUACCAGAUCAGGAUUUCUACCAAGAUGUUUUUGUUGGCCGUAGAACUCACCCACAUUUCGCCCAUCCUCCACGGAUUGCUGAGGAGGAGCCUACUGCAAGUGGUGCUAACCCUAACCUCGAGCGCACGGCUAGUCUGGCAUCUGGCAGCCAGCAUGGUGGUCACGGCCAUAGACUGUUCGGUAGAACCAUGACCAUGCGGAGUGACCGCCGGAGCGACAGGGCAGAUAUGGUUUAA